CAUUCUUAAUAUUCUACAGCUAUUUUUAGAAUUUGAACCAGAACGAGGCAUAACUGGCAAGCUGAUAAGCCAGUAUAAGCUGUAAGAAAGCAUGAGUGCAUACAGUGAAAUUGACUUAUCUUUGGUUCCUGAAAUUAAUUUCUCAUUUGUAGAGUUAUAUAUUAAACAAAACAAAGGUUCAUCAGGACAGAAAUCACUAAAUAAAGGAUUCAAGUAUUUUUGUGAGGGAUACAUUCAUGAUUUAAGAGUACAAUCAGGAGAUUAUGGUUGUGCAAUAUAUGGAAAAUGCCAUCGGUCACAGAGAAAGAAUGAGAAACCCCAUCAGCUGAAGGUUGUGAUGAAAGAUUGCAAUGAAGAAAUCAGCAUAACUUAUGCUAACUGCACAUGUCCAAUUGGUGUGUCUGGAUCAUGUGGCCAUGUGACCGGGACAUUGUACCAGAUUGCCAAGUUUAAGCAUUUGAAGCAAAGAGUAAUACCAGCAGAUGCAGCUAGUACAUCACUUCCACAAACUUGGCAUGCACCACGAGGCCAGAAGAUUGAUGGUACAACAGUUGACAAUCUAGAAGUUCGUGGUUAUUCAAAAGCAGAAUUAAGAGAUAUUCCUGGACGUUCAAUUCAGUCCACUUUGUAUGAUCCAUUACGUAGUGAUAUAAAGUGGAAUGAACAUUAUGAACAACUUAAAAGAGAAGCUCCUGAAAUGUUAAUGCUAGAUGUUAUCAAACACAUUCCCAAAAUGGUGCCAGUAGUAUAA